ACGCACGUUGUUUACAAAUGUCAAAAUAAAUUUUUUUGUCUUGUAAUUUUUUUUUUAAAUAAAUGCAUUAAAACUGAGUAUUUUGAAAAUAAAAGUUAUUAAAAAACAUGGGUCUCACUAAGCAAUAUUUAGCUUAUAAACUCGAUACAACUUUUAAUAUUAUUGCCAGUGGUCGACCAAAUAUAAACUUUCUUGUCUAUAAUAAUAUAGAAGGCAGAUAUGUUGUAGUUGGUGGUGCAGAAAAUGCCCUCGUUUGGGAUUUAAGGUUAGGAGAAAAAGUCUUUUCUCUAAAACGUGACAAACAAGAAGUCACUGCCAUCCGUGCCAGUCCUGAUCGUAUUCACAUUUCCGUUGGCUACUCUGACGGUGUGGUUGAAAUUUUCGACAUUGCUACUGGCUCAUCGGUAUGUUCUUUAUCUCUUCACAAAACAGCCGUGACCAUAUUGCGUUACGAUGCAAUGGGUAUUCGUUUGGUAUCCGGCGGCUUGGACACUGAACUUGUUGUUUGUGAUAUUGUCACUCAAACUGGAAAACAACGAUUAAUCGGACACAGCGGUCCCAUUACUGACGCACAUUUCUUCGAAAGAUUCGGAGUUGACGAUGUUGUAGUGUCAAGUUCCAAAGACACUCACAUCAAAUUCUGGAAUCUUGAAACACAAACUUGCUUUAAAACGAUCGUUGACAAUCGCACCGAAAUCUGGGCUCUGGCUUUUGUGAAAGAUCUCAUGAUUGCUGGAACUGGUGAGAGUUCUAUGAAUAUUUAUAGAAUUAAAAGCCGAGAUACUUCAGCUACAGAAGUGCAUUCGGCUGUUGAAGGACUCAGUUUGGAUGAUGAAGAUACAAUUAGUCCAAUUAAUGUGACUAAUUGUGGUGCAAUUCAAAAAUCCGGACGUGGAAGAACGGUUAAUCUUAUUGCUGAUCCAACUGAGAGGGUAAUAAGUUGUCAUGGAACUGAUGAUGUCAUUGAGAGUUUCUAUAUUUGCUCUCAGGAGGAAGCAAAAUCACGUUUGGCUAAACGAUUGAAGAAAUCCGCUAAAUCUGGAUCUGAAGCAACUGAUUCUUCAAAGGAAUUAAGUCUUUCCGAUGAAAUUAAACGUCUUUCUAAUAUAAAAGUAAAGAAUAAGAUUAAAUCUAUCGACAUUUUGAUGGGAAUUAAUAAUGAAUUAAGAAUCAUAACGAACCUUAACAACAACAGCUUGAAAAUGUUUUCGUUAAAUGUUAUGGAAAAACAGAGCGAAGCGAAACUCUUACGUUCUAUUACCCAAAGUGGUCAUCAAUCGGAGGUGAGAACAGUUUGUUUCAGUUCAGAUAAUCUUGCUAUUGCAUCUGGCGGAGGAGAAUCCAUGAAACUCUGGAAUAGAGAUUCAACCCAAUGUUUAAGAACAGUUCCUACAGGAUACAUUCUAAGUUCGUGUUUUGUACCUGGUGAUCGGUAUGUUCUCCUUGGCCUUAAAUCAGGAGUUCUGUUGAUAGUUGAUAUUGGUACUGGUGAAAUUGUUGAAGAGAUUCCGGCUCAUGAGAAUGAACUCUGGUCGAUUUGCUUGCUUCCUGAUAUGAAAGGAUGUGUAACGGGAAGCAGUGAUACGACUGUAAAAAGUUGGUCAUUCGAACUAAUUGACAAUACGAAUACCGAAGAUGGAGUGACUAGACCAAAAGUCUUAUCACUGUUACACGUGAACACUUUGAAACUCGAAGAGACGGUUUUGUGCGUUAAAGUUAGUCCUAAUAUGAAAUUCUUGGCCGUUGGCUUGUUGGAUUCUACAGUCAAAAUAUUUUUCUUGGAUAGUUUCAAGUUUUAUCUGUCUCUGUAUGGACAUAAACUUCCAGUGCUUUGCAUGGAUAUAUCAUACGACUCGACUAUAAUUGUCACUGGGUCGGCAGAUCGAAAUAUCAAGCUUUGGGGUUUGGAUUUUGGUGAUUGUCAUCGUUCGUUGUUUGCGCAUGAUGAUUCUGUAAUGGCAGUUCAAUUUGUACCUAAAACGCAUAUGUUUUUUACUUGUGGCAAAGAUGGUAAGAUCAAACAAUGGGAUGGAGAUUCAUUUGAAAGAAUUAUUACGCUUCCGGGUCAUGUGGGGGAGGCGUAUAGUUUAGCUGUUAGUCCGAAUGGACGAUAUGUUGUUAGCUGUGGUUCUGAUCGCACACUUCGAAUGUACGAACGGACCGAUGAGCCAAUAGUUUUACAAGAUGUUCAGGAAGAGGAACGUGAAGAAAUCGAGAAUCGAACGUUAGCAACGGGGGAGGAUAAUUCUGUUCCUAUCUUACCUGGAUUGAAGCUUCCAUCUCGUAAGACGGUAGGUGCAGAAAAGGGAGCCGAAAGUAUUCUGGAAUGUUUAGAAAUCCUAAGAGAAUUUGAAUCUGAUGAAGCACCAGAAUUGCAUCCUCUGAUGAUAGCCUUUGAUGCAAAGACAUCGGAUGACUUUCUUCUUGCUACCUUACAAAGAAUAAGAGCAUUUGAUAUGGAAGAAGCUCUUGUACUUUUGCCAUUUUCGAGUGUUUGUGAAAUUCUCCAGCGAGUUCCAAAAUUAGCCAACUAUCGUAAAGAUCAAACUGAGAUCAUAUGCAAAGUAGUACUGUUUCUCUUUAGAAUCCAUCAAAAGCCAAUUACGAGUAAUCAAACUCUUUUGCCAGUAAUUGGAACGAUAAUCAAAUGUUUGCAACAAUUGACGGUUGAAUGUCGUGAUAUGGUGGGUAUGAACUAUUAUGGAUUGCAGUUGCUGCAACAUGAUAUUGAAGAGCGAGAAGGUGUAGAGCUGUUCCGUGAUGCUACACAGUCGAAGAAACAGAGGGAUAAAAGGAGGAAGUUUGUGGCUAAGAGGACACACAUUCAAAUGGUUUAGAAAAACGAUGUGUGUGUAAAUGAAUUUGUUUUUUUUUUUUGUUAAUGAUAAAAUAAAGACUUAUUUUAUUUUUAAAUACGGUUUAAGCAAGUUUUAUUGAACUAAAAAAAAUGAAUUUUUGAAAUCAACUACAAACGGCUGCUUUUGGGUACUGCGUUGUUGGCAUUGAUUUUUUGGUAUAACAGCAACCUGAAAAAGAAAUGUAUGUAUGUAUAAUUAUGUAAUUUUUAUAAAUAAAAAAAUGUAUGGAUGUAUUUUAAA